AUGAACAAAAACAUGGAGCAGAAGCCAAGAAGAAGCGAGGGCCAUGACAAGCUCUUCAAAGUCCAUCUCAUUAUAGACGCACUUCGACAGAACCUAAAACUGGCGCCACCCGAAGAUAAGCAAAGCAUCGAUGAGCAAAUCAUACCGGUCAAGGGCUGCAGCCAGAUGAAGCAGUACUUCAAAGCGAAGCCACACAAAUGGGGCUACAAGGUGUUCACGAGGGCAUGCAGUGGGGACUGUCAGGUCAAACCGAACUGUAGGAUGUCCCUUGCUGUGGACUCUGAGCUAAAAAAUCAAGGUAGGAGUGCCGUGGACUACAAACUAGAUGCUAAAAGUGGGGUUCAAGUCGUCAAGUGGCUCGACAAUAAAACUGUCCAGUUGGUGUCAAGUUACGCUGGUGUUCAGCCUACGGACACGUGA